ACCACUUCUGUUUACCAAUUCUUUUAUAAUUAUUAUCUCACAACAAUCUCUAUACCUUAUGCCGAACCACCUUCCUUGUAAAUCCAACCAUUUCAUUUUCUUCUCUUCUUCCUGUUUUCUCUUUUUAGAUCAUCUUUUCUUGUCCUUUCUCUCAUUUUUUCUCUAUAUAUCUCCCUCUUUUUCUAUUUUUCUUCAUAUAGUCAAAGACCAUGGAAGACUCUCCUGCUGCUUAUAUCCACUUGGUGCACCGUUUGAUAGAAGAGUGUAUGUUAUUCAACAUGAGCCAAGAAGAAUGCAUGGAAGCUCUUUCCAAGCAUGCAAAUAUCAAACCAGUUAUCACCUCCACCGUUUGGAAAGAGUUAGAGAAAGAGAAUAAGGAGUUCUUUGAGGCAUAUUUGAAGAACAGAGUCGAGAGAGCUUCAGAGACAGAGACGAGGCAAAGGAUACAAAACAUGGUUUUGGAUUCUUCUAAAUAACAAGUUUAGAUGAUUUCAUACGCAAAUUAAUAAGGUUAGUUUAGGCGUUUUCAAUUAAUUGAAGUUUGAAGAAGCUAGUUGUCUAUGUAUAAUAAUAACAUAAAAUGAUUAACAUCACAAUCAUGUGAUAGUAAAAACGGUGACAGGGACAAAAUAAUAUUGGACCAUGGAACAACAUAGUCGUAUCAUUGUAUGGGCGGCACAAAUGGAUUCAUUUGAUUGUCUCAAGGUAUACAAAGUUGAAGUCAGUACUCUACACUGAUGGCUAUGUGAGACAUGGUAUACAUGUGUUAUAGUACUUAAUAAAAAGUUGAAACAUGUGUGUUAGACUCUAUUUGAAACAUGUGUGUUAGGCUCUCCUAGUAAAAGACAUUUGUGCUACUU